UUCCUGAAGCAUCUUCCUCACCAUGUCUUUCUCAAGCAAACAUCUGAUCAAAUUGUCUCUGGAGCUUUAAAAUUCUACAGGGGACUCUUAGCACCUACAGUAACUUUUCUUAAGAUGUAGCCCAUAGAUGACCUAUUUGGGAAUCACCUGGGAUAUUUAUUAGAAAUUCAGAUUCCAGGCCUCUGGCCCUGACCUAUAGAAUCUGAUCCUUUGUUUGGGAGCACAUCAGAAUUCACAUUUUAAAAAGCACCCUAGAUAAUUCAUCCUAAGGCAUAAUAAAGCUUGAGAUUCAGGGACCUUCUGGGUAGAAUCUAGUUCCCUCCAUCCCUACAUUUGGCCCUGCCCACCUCUCUAACCUCACUCCUCCACCCAGAACUACUUGAAAUCCUUUCCCUUUGACAGUUCUGUGCCUUGGCUCACAAUGGUCUUCCUUCUUAAAAUAGCCACAUUUCCCUGGGAAAAUCCUGCUCAUUCCAUAAAGUCCAAUUCACUUGUCACCUCCCCUUUGAAGCCUUUUCUUCUGCCUUGUUCAUACCCACCCCUCAGCCCAGGGCAGAGUGCCUCCGCCCUUCCACAUACACCCUUGUGUCACACCACUGACAUCUUGCUCCAACUUGUCCAACUACCUGUCUCCUCUUCUGGCCCAUGAGCUGCUUGAGGAUUGGGGCAAGGUCUUCAUGAUCUUUGCAUCCACAGGGCCUAGGACAAUCCCUACGUGCUUGAUAGAUGGCUUGUUCAGGGAGUGAACAAGAGAGAACCCAUAAGAAGUAAAGUGAAGUGGAAGGCCGGGUGUGAGAAGCAGCUAAUCAUGCAAUGCACUGAUGGAUACGAGUGGGACCCUGUAAGACAGCAGUGCAAAGAUAUUGAUGAAUGUGACAUUGUCCCUGACGCUUGUAAAGGUGGAAUGAAAUGUGUCAACCACUAUGGAGGAUACCUAUGCCUUCCUAAAACAGCCCAGAUUAUUGUCAAUAAUGAACAACCUCAGCUAGAAACACCAGCAGCUGAAGCAGCCUCAGGCGCAGCCACCGGGGGUGUAGCUGCUAGUAGUAUGGCAACCAGUGGAGUGGUGCCUGGGGGUGGUUUUGUGGCCAGUGCUGCUGCAGUCGCAGGCCCUGAAGUACAGACUGGCCGAAAUAACUUUGUCAUCCGGCGGAACCCAGCUGACCCUCAGCGCAUUCCCUCCAACCCUUCCCAUCGGAUCCAGUGUGCAGCAGGCUACGAGCAAAGCGAUCACAACGUGUGCCAAGACAUCGACGAGUGCACUGCAGGGACGCACAACUGUAGAGCAGACCAAGUGUGCAUCAAUUUACGAGGCUCCUUUGCAUGCCAUUGCCCUCCAGGGUAUCAGAAGCGAGGAGAGCAGUGUGUAGACAUAGAUGAGUGCUCUGUGCCUCCGUAUUGCCACCAAAGAUGUGUGAACACUCCAGGCUCAUUUUACUGCCAGUGCAACCCCGGGUUUCAAUUGGCGGCAAACAACUACACCUGUGUAGAUAUAAAUGAAUGUGAUGCCAGCAACCAAUGUGCUCAGCAGUGCUACAACAUUCUCGGUUCAUUCAUCUGUCAGUGCAAUCAAGGAUAUGAGCUGAGUAGUGAUAGGCUCAACUGUGAAGAUAUUGAUGAAUGCAGAACCUCAAACUACCUGUGUCAAUAUCAAUGUGUCAAUGAACCUGGGAAAUUCACAUGUAUGUGCCCCCAGGGAUACCAAGUGGUGAGAGGCAGAACAUGUCAAGAUAUCAAUGAGUGUGAGACCGCCAAUGAAUGCCGAGAGGAUGAAAUGUGUUGGAAUUAUCAUGGUGGCUUCCGUUGUUACCCACGAAAUCCUUGUCAAGAUCCCUAUAUUUUAACAUCAGAGAACCGAUGUGUUUGCCCAGUCUCAAAUGCUAUGUGCAGGGAACUGCCCCAAUCCAUAGUCUACAAAUACAUGAGCAUCCGCUCUGACAGGACUGUACCAUCAGACAUCUUCCAGAUACAGGCCACAACUAUUUAUGCUAAUACCAUCAAUACUUUUCGGAUUAAAUCUGGAAAUGAAAAUGGAGAGUUCUACCUAAGGCAAACAAGUCCUGUAAGUGCCAUGCUUGUGCUCGUGAAGUCACUAACAGGACCAAGAGAAUACAUCGUGGACCUGGAAAUGCUGACAGUCAACAGUAUAGGGACCUUCCGCACAAGCUCAGUGUUAAGAUUGACAAUUAUAGUGGGGCCAUUUGCCUUUUAGCCUUUUACCAGAGUCUACCACAGGCAUUUAAAUCAACCAAAGAAUAUUGUUACCUUAAAGCACUAUUUUAUUUAUAGAUAUAUCUAGUACAUAUACAUAUACAUCUAUAUACUGUACACUCACCCCUAAUUCACACAAUUACACCAUGGUAUAAAGUGGGCAUUUAAUCUGUAAAGAUUCAAGAUUUGUCUGUAUUAAUGUGUGUAAAUUAGACAUUAAUCCACUAAACUGGUCUUCUUCAAACAUUAAUUCACUAAACUGGUCUUAUUCAAGAGAGCUAAGCAUACAUAAUCCAGUGAAUCUUGGAUUCUAUCCUGUAAAAAUGGGACCAAGCGAUGUUACUCUUCUAUGGUGCUUAGGAAAACCUUAAGACAGCUCCACCAACAGUCUCUUAAGGGGGCAGUCAUCCUAACAUUGAAUAGUAUGCUAGGGCAGGAAUGAGGUUUUUUUAACUGCUUUGUAAGAAAAUGGAAAAAGUCAAUAAAGAUAUAUUUCUUUAGAAAAUGAGGAACUCCCACAUUUGUGUUGGUCUUUAUUUUCAUGAUCAGUCUACAGAUGGUUGUUCAUUACAUACAAUAAAUCGUAAUUGUACCAUAA